GAGAGGAAAAGAUGAGGAUGGGAGGUGGGGAUGGGUACAGAUAGGGGGCUGGGAGUGGAGGGGGUGGAGGGAGAGGAAAAAUAUUCUUUCCAACCAAGGAAAGGAGUGGGAUGAGGGACCCGCUGAGGAAGGAGGAGAGGAAACAGCGGGAGGUCAAGAAAAAGAGAAGUCUGAUUGGCUACAUGCCUGCCUUGGCUGGCUGCCCCGCCCUCACCAGGCCCCUCCAUGGGUCGUGACUUUUCCCUCAGAGUCCCCACCUCUCUGGAGCUGUGAGGCUCCAUUUGGAACCAAAAGCAUCUACAACUGCAACGGACCCCCAUGAAGCUCCUGGCCUUACUGAGCCUGCUGGCCCUGAUGCUGCAGGAAGCAGGGACAGCAUCUCUCCCAAAGAAGGAGAGGGAAGGGGGAGAAGACCAGCUGCACGGGGAAGGCGAUUCUCACACCGUUCUGCAUCUGCGGGACUUUGACCUGAGCCUGGACAACUAUGAUGAGGUCAUUGACCCGAGCAACAAUGAUGAACUCACAGACUACAGGGACCAGCUCCCCAAGGCUUCUCCAACCAGGACAAGUUUCACUCAGAGCACAAAGGCUCCAAGGACACCCCCUUCAAACCCCGUGAUGGCCAGGCCUAUGACGCUGGGCCUGCCAGUUUCCCCCACCAGCCAUGGCCUGCCAACCUGUCUGAUCUGCGUGUGCCUUGGUUCCUCUGUGUACUGCGACGAUACUGACCUAGAGGACAUCCCUCCUCUUCCCCGGACAACUGCCUACCUGUACGCCCGCUUCAACCGCAUCAGCCAUAUUCGGGCUGGAGACUUUAAAGGGCUGACAAAGCUGAAGAGGAUUGACCUCUCUAGCAAUUUCAUCUCCUCCAUUGAUGACGAUGCCCUCCGCCUGCUGCCUGCUCUGCAGGAUCUGAUCCUCCCUGAGAACAAGCUGGCAGCACUGCCUGUGCUGCCCACCGGCAUUGAGGUCCUGGACGUCCGCCUGAACCGACUGCAGAGCGCAGGGAUACAGCCUGAAGCCUUCAGGGCGCUGGAGAAGCUGCAGUUCCUCUACCUGGCCAAUAACCUGCUGGACUCCAUCCCCAGGUCCCUGCCCCUGAGCCUCCGCUCACUACACCUGCAGAAUAACAUGAUAGAGAGCAUGCAGACGGACACCUUCUGUGACGCUGAGGAGCACAAACACACCCGGAGGCGGCUGGAGGACAUCCGCCUGGACGGCAACCCCAUCAACCUGAGCCUCUUCCCCAGCGCCUACUUCUGCCUGCCUCGGCUCCCCACAGGCCGCUUCGUCUAGCUCACCCCUUCCACUCCUCCCAGAAGGCCAAGAAAAUCAUGUGAGAGGAAGAGGCGGACCAGAAAGAGAAGGAGGAAGUGGGGAGA